AUGCCCGAGGACUAUCCCAUCCAUAGAUACAUAUGUGAUGGGGCCGCUAUGCCCGAGGACUAUCUCAUUCAAGGAUACAUAUGUGAUGGGGCCGCUAUGCCCGAGGACUAUCUCAUUCAAGGAUACAUAUGUGAUGGGGCCGCUAUGCCCGAGGACAAUCUCACUCAAGGAUACAUAUGUGGUGGGGCCGCUAUGCCCGAGGACUAUUUCAUUCAGAGAUACAAAUGGAAUGGGGCCGUCAUGCCCGAGGACAAUCUCAUUCAAGGAUACAUAUGUGAUGGGGCCGCCAUGCCCGAGGACAAUCUCAUUCAAGGAUACAUAUGUGGUGUGGCCGCUAUGCCCGAGGACUAUCCCAUUCAUAGAUACAUAUGGAAUGGGGCCGCCAUGCCCGAGGACAAUCUCACUCAAGGAUACAUAUGUGGUGGGGCCGCUAUGCCCGAGGACUAUCCCAUUCAUAGAUAG